CCGAUAUCAGUUGACGUCAUUACCUGCCGACAGGUGGACAGUUAUCCGCCGGGAAAGAACGACCAACAAUUCAACGCAGCAAAGCUUCCCACUCUCCCCGAACUGAUGGCUGGAUCUGGAAUUGCCACUCUGUAUCUCCUCACUUACAAUUCAAUCCAGGCAUUCGGAUGGGCAAUCGCACUCUUCAGAAUCCUGAGCAACUUCAGCGCUACUGGUUCCGUCGCCGGAGCUUAUGCCUCUGCCGGAGACCUUAUCUGCUUAUUGCAAAGCAUUGCGUUCUUGGAAGUCGUCCAUGGAGCAUUAGGUCUUGUCCCGAGUGGCGUUUUGUACCCGUUUAUGCAAUGGGGAGGCCGAACCCACUUCGUUCUGGCCAUCGUCCGCAAGAUCGUUGAGGUUCAGGAGUUGCCAGCAGUUUUCAUAACCUUUACGGCUUGGAGCAUAGCUGAGUCUAUUAGGUAUUCACAUUAUGCUCUGAACUGCAUAGGCCGUUGUCCAUCAUGGAUUGUGUACCUUAGGUAUACUGCGUUCAUUGUGCUUUAUCCUAUAGGGCUUUUUCCAGGCGAAAUCUGGCUCAUGUACCAAGCGCUUCCAUUUGUGAAGAAGACGAACCUCUAUGCAAACUUUUUCGCUCAUCUUCCAUUCAGUUACUAUAACUUUCUCUGGGCUGUACUCCUCAGCUAUCCCUUCCUCUGGUUCAAUCUCUACCUCCAUAUGCUGAAACAACGAAGGUCAAAGCUCGGGAAGCAGAACAUCAAGAAGAAGAGGAACUAGUCGAGCUCGAAACGCCUUACAGAUUCAAACUCCGCCACAUCUGUGUAUGAACUUGUCACUCAGAAGAGAAUAUUGGUUUAGUUGACUCUUGAUUGAAUGAUGUAACAGCGAUAAUUACCCUUCACCUAAACCCCAUCUUUAAUACAGAAAAGCAGGGCUUGUUGGUCUGAUGAUUCGAUUAAACUUGAAAGCAAAUGAUUGAAGGAAAGGAACCAACAACUCUUACAGAUGAUUAUAUUCAACACUUGGAACCAAAAGCCAGCAGCAGAUAAUAACAAUACAAAACAACCAACAACAAUCACUUGAAACCAAACCAAACCCUCAAACCGGAACCCGAACCCGAUACAAGUAAUCAGUAAUCCUGAACGGGGAGCUGUUCAUGGGUGGAUGGAGCCAUGAAGAAAAUCUCGUAGACGAGAGCUGCAAUCCCAGCGCCGACGAAUGGGCCGAGCCAGUACACCCAGUGGCUGCUCCAGGUCCAGCUCACGACGGCGGGCCCAAAUGACACCGCUGGGUUCAUCGACGCACCGUCGAAUGCUCCUCCGGCCAGGAUGUUAGCACCCACGAUGAAACCGAUGGCGAUGGGGGCGAUCGUUCCCAGGUCUCCUUUCUUGGGGUCCACGGCAGUGGCGUACACGGUGUACACCAGCCCGAAUGUCAUCACGAUCUCGAAAACGACGGCGUUCCACUCGCCCACUCCCGCUGACAGAGCAAAAGCAGAGGUUUCCUGCCCGCCGGUGGAGAACUUGAGAAGCAAGCAAGCGGCGACGGAGCCGAGCAAUUGGGCGAUCCAGUACACGAUGCUGCGGACGAAUGUGAUGUGCCCGCCGACGAAUGCGCCGAAGGUAACGGCGGGGUUGACGUGUCCGCCGGAAAUGUUGGCGCCGACGGAAACCGCGACGAAAAGUGCGAAGGCGUGUGCGAUGGCCGCGGCGAUCAGGCCGGCCGGCGAGGCAGGGCCGCCGCCGGUGAGCUUGCCUGAAGCCAUGCCGGAGCCUUCUCCGGCGAACACGAAAAUGAGCAUGGAGAUGAACUCGGCCAGACCGGCCUUGAGUGCAUCGGGCUGACCGGCUUCGGCCAGAGAUCCAAAUGCGAUUCUAGAGAUCGGCAUUCUUCUUUCUUUUCUUUUGGUGGGUUGACUUUGGAGUUCACUCUCAAAGCUCAAAAAUUGCUCUUAAGAUUGUUUUCUAGCUGCCUGAGUAUGGAGCUUGGUUCAGCGGGCUGUUUAUAUAUGCGUGGGAAGCGGGACGAACCGGUUCAAUUC